AUGAUUCGUGUUGGUAAAACAACAUUAUUGCGACGUGCAUGUGAAUUAUUUCUUCAACAAGAACAAAAUAUAUCUUGUUAUGGUUUUUAUACAGAAGAAAUUCGUGGUCAUAAUGGUUCACGAAUUGGUUUUGAUGUUGUCACGUUGGAUGGAAAUUCACGUGCUUCACUUGCACGAAUUAAUGAAUAUACAACAUCAAGAUCAUCAUUAUUACCACUUAUUGGACAAUACAAUGUGUUUGUUGAUGAAUUCGAAAGCAUAGCUUUGCCAUUAUUAACAAAUAUUCAAACACCAUGUAUUUGUUUUAUUGAUGAAAUAGGUAAAAUGGAAUUAUUAUCAAAUAAAUUCAAAGAUUUAAUUCAAGCAUUAAUUGAACGUCCAAAUUUAAUUCUUAUUGCAACUAUACCUAUAAAACCUUUAGGAUUUGUUGAUAAAAUUCGUACACGAAAAGAUUGUCAUUUAAUUACAGUUACACGUGAUAAUCGUUCUGGUUCAACAUUACGAAAUGAAUUAAUGGCAUAUAUUGAAAAAUUGACAAAAAACAUUGCAUAA